AUGGGAUAUUUAAGUCAUGUAGGGAUUGGUUUGAGUUUCUUGUUUGGUUGCCUUCUAUUAGGCCUUAUUGCAGAACUUUACUAUGUGAUAUACUGGAAAAAGAGGUACACAAGCAUGGAAAUUCAAGAUUCUUCACACCCCACCAAUGGUACCACAGAGCUUUCAUAUUUGUUUUGUUGGAAAAGCCCAAUUAGCAGUAGGAAACAAGAACUGCCCACAUCUGUAAAAAGUGGCCAUGACCAAGAUUUACAGAUGCUCAGAAUCUAUAAUGGUGAAGAAGGUGUGGAGUCUGAGCUCAUGAGACUGCACAACUUGAGUGGGCCACCCAGAUUUCUCUUCACAAUUAAAGAAGAAACCAAGGAAGAUUUGGAAUCUGAAGAUGAGAAAUCUAGAGGUGGAAGAAACAUUAGUAGAAAAGGGUCAAGAAAUAACAGCUUAGCUGAGCUUUUGGCUUGUGUUGAGACACCUUAUUUGUCACCUUUGGCUUCACCAGUCUUGAAAAAGACUCAAUCUUUGGAGGGUUACAAUCACCAGGGAUUCAAUCCUUUCUUCGAAUCUUCUACAGAUGCAGAGAUUAACAAGUUGAGAUUGUCACCACCUCCAAAGCUCAAGUUUCUCAAGGAUGCUGAGAUGAAACUGAUGAAUAAAUUGAUGGAAGAUGCUGUGAGAAAGUGCCAUGAGAAAGAUGCUACAUUUCUUACAGCUUCAGAGUCAAAUUCUACUGCUUCUUCACAGGUACUCCCACUGGCAACUUCUCCUCCAGCAUUCAAUAUUGUUGCUAAAAAAUCCAAUGUACAAUAG